UCGCUCAACAAACCUCACAUCUCGUCAAGCCAGUCCCUCAGCAGAGAGCCAGACGACCGCAAACAGAACAUCAACCACACAAUCGGACUCACCACUCAGCAGUAAUCAUGCUCGCCUUUGUCCUCCUCCCCGUCGUCUCCAUCCUCCUCUCUGCAUCUUCUGCUCUCGCCCAAGGCACGACUGUUAGCCUCGACAACACGAGUUUCUCGGGUUCGGGGCAGACGAUCUAUUUGUCGACCUUGACUGCAAGCGCAGCGCCAACAUCUGCCACUUCGACAGGUGGCGUGGGCCCGGCUAUCACUGCUGGACCGCUGGGCGUGGCUGGUAUGGUUGGAUUGGGGUUGAUCGUUGGGAACCUCCUCUAGAUAUGAUGUUGUUCAUAAUUCACCUCUUCGGCUGUAUAGAAUGGGACCAUCGAGGAGUAUUGGUCGGACAAAGUGGUAGAU